AUGGAACUACACAUGACUGGGAGCGUUGAAGAAGCAAGCUAUGCAAACAACUCCUCACUUCAGAGAAAGGUGAUUUCUUUGACAAAAGCUCUCAGAGAUGAAGCCAUAACAAGUUUGUACUGCAACACAUUGCCCAAAAGUUUGGCAAUUGCUGACUUAGGUUGUUCUUUUGGACCAAACACUUUGUUAGUGAUCUCAGAAACUAUCAAGGUGGUGGAGAAUCUUUGUCGAAAAUUUAAUCAGAAAUCUCCCGAGUAUAAAGUCUCUCUUAACGAUCUACCAGGAAACGACUUCAACAACGUAUUUAAGUCCCUUGAAACCUUUAAGAAAAAACUCGCUGAUGAAAUGGAAACUAAAAUGGGUUCAUGCUACUUCUCUGGGAUUCCUGGUUCAUUUUAUGGCAGGAUUUUCGCAGAUAAAAGUUUGCAUUUUGUUCAUUCCUCUUAUAGUCUUCAUUGGCUAUCAAAGGUUCCAGAGGGUGUAGACAACAAAAAUAAGGGUAAUAUUUAUUUGUCGACCACAAGCCCUUCGAAUGUCAUCAAGGCUUACUACAAGCAAUUUCAAAAAGAUUUCUCUCUUUUUCUCGAGUGUCGUGCACAAGAAAUCGUAGAAGGUGGUCGCAUGAUUCUAACAUUUAUAGGAAGAAAAAAUGAUGAUCCAUCAAACAAGGAGUGUUGUUACAUUUGGGAUCUGUUGACAAUUGCUCUUAAGGACAUGGUCUUGCAGGGAAUCAUUGACGAUGAGAAACUCGAUACUUUCAACAUCCCAAACUACUAUCCUUCUCCAUCCGAAGUGAAACUGGAAGUUCUCAGGGAAGGGUCAUUUGCGAUUGAUAAACUAGAUAUUUCUGAAGUGAAUUGGAAUGCUCUUGAUCAUUGGGAAGCUUUGGACAUCGGAUCUGAAAUGUUGAAAUCGUUCAAAGACGAUGGAUACCAUAUGGCAAAAUGCAUUAGGGCUGUGACUGAACCUUUGCUAGUUUGUGACUUUGGUGAUAGUGUUAUUGAAGAUAUUUUUGAAUGCUAUGAAAAUAUUUUAACUGAUCGAAUGUCUAAACAGAGAACUAAGUUCACCAAUCUUACCUUAUCGUUUACUAGAAAGCCAUGA